AUGUCAAAGGACUUUGUUAUCACUCCAGAAGCUGCCGGUUCCACCGCAAACACCAGUGAAUGGCCAUUACUAUUGAAAGAUUACGAUAAAUUACUUGUCAGAAGUGGUCACUAUACCCCGAUUCCUACUGGUUCCACUCCAUUAAAGAGAGAUUUAAAAUCAUACAUUAGUUCAGGUGUCAUAAAUUUAGAUAAACCAUCUAAUCCAUCUUCUCAUGAAGUGGUCGCUUGGAUUAAACGUAUAUUACGUUGUGAAAAGACUGGUCAUUCAGGUACUUUAGAUCCUAAAGUCACUGGUUGUUUGAUCGUUUGUGUAGAUAGAGCUACUAGAUUAGUUAAAUCUCAACAAGGUGCAGGUAAAGAGUAUGUUUGUAUUGUUAGAUUACAUGAUGCUUUGAAAGAUGAAAAGGAUUUAGGACGUUCUUUGGAGAACUUGACUGGGGCUUUAUUCCAAAGACCUCCUUUAAUUUCUGCUGUUAAGAGACAAUUACGUGUUCGUACCAUUUAUGAUUCUAAUUUGAUCGAAUUCGAUAAUAAGAGGAAUCUAGGUGUCUUUUGGGCUUCUUGUGAAGCUGGUACUUAUAUGCGUACUCUAUGUGUUCACAUGGGUAUGUUAUUAGGUGUUGGUGGUCACAUGCAAGAAUUACGUCGUGUUAGAUCAGGUGCCUUAUCUGAAAAUGAUAAUAUGGUCACUUUACAUGAUGUUUUGGAUGCUCAAUGGGUUUAUGAUAACACUAGAGAUGAAUCAUACUUGAGAAAGAUUAUUCAACCUUUAGAAACACUUUUGGUUGGCUAUAAGAGAAUUGUAGUCAAGGAUUCUGCAGUUAACGCUGUUUGUUACGGUGCUAAAUUGAUGAUUCCAGGUCUAUUACGUUACGAAGAAGGUAUUGAAUUAUACGAUGAAGUUGUUUUGAUCACUACUAAGGGUGAAGCUAUUGCUGUCGCCAUUGCUCAAAUGUCCACUGUCGAUUUGGCUACUUGUGAUCAUGGUGUUGUUGCCACUGUGAAGAGAUGUAUCAUGGAAAGAGAUUUAUACCCAAGAAGAUGGGGGUUGGGUCCAAUCGCUCAAAAGAAGAAGCAAAUGAAGGCUGACGGUAAAUUAGAUAAAUUCGGACGUACUAAUGAAAAUACCCCAGAAGAUUGGAAGAAGAGUUACAAACCAUUAGACAGUAAUCCUGAAUCAACUACCACUACAUCCGAAUCUGCUCCAUUAAUUAAAGAAGUUGAAAGUAAAGAAGAAAAGAAACAAGAAGAAGAAUCUAAGGAAAAAGAAUCCAACGAUGAAGAAACUAAGGUAGAAAAGAAAGAAAAGAAGGACAAGAAGGAAAAGAAGGAUAAGAAAGAAAAGAAAGAAAAGAAAGACAAAAAGGAAAAGAAAGAAAAGAAGAGGAAGGCUGAUGAAGAUGGCGAAGGUGAAGGUGAAGAAAAGAAGAAAAAGAAAUCUAAGAAAUAA